GUCAAAACAAUCAUCAUCAUCACGUUUUUCUCGUGUUGGGUCUUUAUUUUUUUAAAAGAAAAUCGGAUAUUACUGUUUAGUUUGAAUCUAUUCAAGUGGCUAAAUUUGUUAUUUGUCUAACGAUGAGUGCGCCUACGUUCAAUGAUGCAACUGAUGAAGAGCAGUAUCUAGAUUUGCGUACAUAUUUGAAAAGUCUAGGUGCUGCUAUAUCUGAGGAAAAUUCAGAAGAUGGAUUUCACGUUGAUUUACAGCAAGUCAUAUCUGUUUGUGAUGUAGUUUUGAAGGAAGCAAAUGAAACAGAUGCUGAGUGCACUUUAAACAGUAUUGUUUCUCUGUUGAUUAUUGUUCCUCCAAAUGAAAGUGAAGGACUAGUACACACUUUCUGCGAUAAAUUAUCCAAAGCUCCCAACCCAAAAAUGGCAGCCGUUUGCUUAAAAGUUUUGCAGAAUUUAUUUGCUGGAAUUGGUGAGCACUCGCCAUUUUGCUAUGACAUUUAUUACAGCCUUGUUCGUGUAGCAGGCCAAACUGAUAGUAUAAAUAUGAUUUUCAAAGACUUAAAUAAGCUAAAAUCUUGGCUGAUUGAAAUGAAAACUAGCACAGAUAAAACUCAAAAACUCCUCAGAUUGCUGCAUGAAGUCUUGUUAGAAUGUAAACAAAGUGAGCUUGCUGCUAAAGUUAUGAUUGAAUUGCUGGGCACCUACACUGAAGAUAAUGCUUCUCAAGCUCGAGAUGAUGCUCACAAGUGCAUUGUAACAUCACUUGGAGACCCAAAUACAUUCCUGUUGGAUCACUUGCUUGCAUUAAAACCAGUUAGGUUCUUGGAGGGAGAAUUGAUUCAUGACUUACUUACAAUUUUUGUGUCUGAAAAACUCUCAUCAUACUUAUCAUUCUACAGCACAAAUAAAGACUUUGUGAAUUCUUUAGGUUUAUCUCAUGAACAGAAUCUGCAAAAGAUGAGACUUCUGACAUUCAUGCAAAUGGCUGAAACUCAGAAAGAAAUUCCUUUCACUCUUCUGGAAUCCGAAUUGCAAUUGAAAGCUGAAGAAAUUGAACCUUUUAUCAUUGAUGUAUUAAGAACAAAACUGGUUCGCGCAAAGAUGGAUGAACUUCAACAGAGGGUACUUGUGAGUUCAACUAUGCACAGAACUUUUAGUAAACCACAGUGGCAACAGCUUCGUGAAAUUUUGACAAGGUGGCAAAGAAAUCUUAGUCAGGUUCAGUCACAGAUGCAAACUGUCAUAAGAGCUCCUUAUGAAAAUGUUGCUAAUGUACAAGCUUGAUAUUAAGUAAUAAAAGGCAUU